AAAAUUUCAAGAAUUCGGUAAAACGAUGGGUUUUAAUCAGUCGAAAAGUAACGUGCCCUUGAGUAACGGGGAUGUGUGGAAAUACGUUAAAUCGCAAAGCGAACGAUUCGAUGCUUCUAACAUUAUUCAGCAAAAUGCCGCGAGUGGUGAAAAACUGAAUUUCAACGAGUUUUCCGAAAACGUAGAGUCCCUCGCAUCGGUUCUACGAGAUAUAGAGCUAACUUCGGGUGUCGGAAUAUGUUCCGAGAACAAUUUGGAAUAUUGUUGGAUAUUAUUGGGUGUUUUGCAUGCAGGAGUCAGAUGCACGUUGCUCAGCCCAACGUAUACAGAACGAGAACUGAGGCAUUUUUUAAACCUUACGAAACCCGACAUUGUUCUCUGUUCGAGACUCGUUGGUGAUAAAUUGUAUGAAAACGGAGAAUCCUUCGACGCCAUUUGUUCCGCGCAUUCGUUCGUCAAGGGAGUUUACGUCUGGGGACCGACAGGUUGUAAAUCAUUGUUUGCAUCACUGCGGAGCGUCUGCAAAAAUAAUAAUAACACAACCCGAGACCGGAAGGGCUUCGAAGGAUCCAGAGAAGCCCUCGUUUUGGCGUCUAGUGGAUCGACGGGACUCCCCAAAGGUGUCGUGCUAACGCAUCGAGCUGUCGUCGAAUCGCUCAAGUUGAGCUCCGUGUACGCAAACAGUUGCGAAACUGCCCUGGGCCUUAUGCCGUUAUUUCAUUCCUACGGACUGAUACUAGGCCUGAUGUGCCUGUGCGAAGGAUCGAAGUUUAUAAUCGUGCCUAAGCUCAUGGGGGCGAAAGACCUCAGCGAAAUCGUUUGCACGCAUCAGAUCAAGAACUUGUACAUCAUUCCGUCGUUGCUGGCGAUGAUUGGAAAAUCUUCGAUGUUCACUAAGGAUAAUUUGGCCUGCGUUCGUCACGUUUGGACGUCAGCUGGUAAAGUGUCGCGACGAGUUCAGGAACUAGCUGUGGAAAAAUUACCGAGAAAUGCGGUAGUUCACCACUGCUACGGAAUGACGGAAACUACAUUUGUCACAAUGACGGGGCCCGUUGGGAAGCCCGAGUGUUCGGGAAAACUUGUUUCGAACGUAGAGUGCCGAGUGAUCCGUGAUACCGGCGAGAUUUGCGGUCCGGAUGAAAUGGGGGAACUUUGUUUUCGAGGACCCACGAUCAUGAAGGGCUACUUGGAUAACGAAGAGGCCACCUCUGAAGCCCUUCAAACCGACGGAUGGCUUAGGUCCGGAGAUUUGGGAUUCUACGAUCGGGACGGCGAUUUCUUUAUCGUCGAUAGACUCAAGGAGAUGAUCAAGUAUCAGGGAAAUCAGGUAUCUCCGGUUGAGAUCGAGGGUGUAAUUCUCGAACUAUCGGACGUUCUGGAAGCUGCCGUAGCCGGACUGCCGAGCGAAGAUUUUGGCGAACUUCCAGCUGCUGGAGUCGUCGUUAAGCCGGAGUCAAAAUUGUCGGCGGAAGAUGUCGAGGAACACGUUGCGAGUGGAAUUCGAAUGGCGGGGUGACCAAAUACUCUAAUUCGUGAGGCUGGGAAAUAAUGUUACACGCUUUUCCUGACAAUGACAAUCACCGAUCAUCCUACAGCAUGGUUCAGCACAAUGAAAUUACAAGAUCGAAUUGAAAGAUAAAAUUGUGGAUAGAGAAAGAGACGCCCAGAGAAUGAUUUUAAGAAACGAAUGAAUGUAUGCGUUUGGUAUAAUUCAUGUAUUGGUUCAUUCCAUCGGAAAUUGGUCGAUUUCAAAUAAUGCUAGGAUAAAUUGUUUAAUAUACUAUAUCAGCAUGAUUUUACCAGAGAAUCGAUUGCGCGCGGUUUCGUCCCGAUGCUAACUACGGAUCAGAAGUUAAGGCCGAAAUACGUAAAAUUUGCACGGGAUUUUUCAAGAUGUAAAGUCGAAAAAUGACAAAUUCAUAGCUACAGAGAUUCAGUCUCAGUUCAGUGGCAGUGUAUUCAAUAUUCCUUAAUUCUAGUACAAGUCUUCGGGUCUGAGUGUGUAGUAAUUUAACAAGUUGUAAGAUGAAAGGUGUUGCAAAAGUGUGAUUGAAUAUUAUAUGAGGAAACUGAUUGUUAUAUAAUAUGAUAUAAGAGAUGCAAUAUACACUAUUUGAAGGAAGAUGUAAAAAAUGUCAGAUGAGACAGCUACUAUCUGAAUUUGCUAUAAGUGUAGUUUAAGUUGCGGCCUGGAAACAGAUGCUACGCACCUCUGCAAGAUACAAUAUAUUACAUACGAUGCUGUAUUGUAACUGUUUUAUGUAAGCUGGAUUGAAAUAAAU